CAGUCGAUUAUAGAGAAAAAAUAGAAACAUUCAAGGCGUAGUUGAAGCUUUAAGAAAGAUGAGAUGGUGCUACAAUUUAAAUUUGCCAAAAGGGAUGAUAGGGCCUUGCAGGAGAAUAUUUUGACAGAUAAACAAAACUUAGAGAGAGGAAGUCGAGAGAUUGUGAAAGGAAGCCCCAGGUUGUAUAUAUCUUAUGUCUGCCCAUUUGCUCAGCGUGUUUGGAUUGCAAGAAAUUACAAGGGCUUACAAGAUGAGAUGGAAUUACUACCUAUUAAUCUAGCAAACCGACCUUCUUGGUACAAGGAAAAAGUCAAUCCUCGGAACCAGGUGCCUGCACUUGAGCACAAUAAACAAGUCAUAGGGGAGAGUUUAGAUUUGCUCUAUUAUCUUGAUGUGCAUUUUGGAGGCCCAAAACUUCUGCCUGAUGAUCCAGCAAAGAAAGAGUUUUCAAAUGAGUUGGUCAAAUAUAGUGUGGACUUCAUUAAAGAUAUGUACACUGCUUGUACUGCAAAAGAAGAUGUGGAGAAGAAACUGAGUCUCCCUUUUGAUUAUCUUGAAAAUGCUCUUUCCAAAUUUGAGGAUGGUCCCUUCUUUCUUGGUGAAUUCAGCAUGGUUGACAUGGUAUAUGCUCCAUUCAUUGAGAGAUUCCAUAUUUUCCUUUUGGAUGUUAUGAAAUAUGAUCUGACAAGUGGAAGGCCCAGGCUGUCAACUUGGUUUGAGGAGAUAAAUAAAUUGGAUUUCUAUACACAGACCAAGUGUGAUCCUCAGCAAGCUCUCAAAAUCUUCAAGGAAAGAUUCUCGGUGAAGUGAGAUCAGUGGGAACUCUUCAUAUUGGGAUGUUAUCUCCCCAGUAUCACAUGCAAGGAAUGAGUUACACAUUUGGAAAGUGGACACUUAUAUUAUUUAUGUGAUGUUUGAUAUGUAUGUAUAUCAUAAAGGUUCAUUUUGUUGGAACCAUAUUACAUCUUGCAAUUGGGUUGUAUUGACGUCCUUAUGUCAUAUUCUUUCUAGUUUUCUGUCCAUUUUGCUAGAAAAUUUGUCAUGCUCCUAUGAAAUUUACUCCUUGCUAGGAUGCUUCAUUUAGGAUGGUCUGGAAAGAACUUAAAAUGGAUUAUAUGUGCUAUUUGUUUACCGCUGUAUUGAUGGUCAAA